AUGAAACCACACAGGGGUGCGUCACCAUCUUUGUCAUCACAAGAACACACACCCCCACGCGCAGAACGAAGGAAGGCAAUCACACUCACACACGCAGUCACACCGAACAAGCGCACCUGUCUGGUCGAGUGGAGAAGAGCCGGCCUUAUGUCUCAGAAUUCCUCUCGACAGAGAGAGAGACCUGGCCAGACCAGAAUGGCCAGCGGCACACUGCCGACACACACCCAUCCCUCACCGCAUUGCCCGCCUGACUGUCAUAUUGCCGAGAGAGAGAGACACAGAGAUGUCAAGAUCGACACACAGCGCCACCCCAUCGACUGGCCCAUCCGACACGCCCACACAGAGAUCCACCACCCGCCAUAGCCCCGUUUGUCAUUUGCUUUAGCAGCAGUGCGGGGCGUCCGCACUCCAUCAACAUGACGACCAGUCGUCUCUCUGUCGCUCGCCGCCCUCAGCAGCAACUUGAUGACGGCCGGCUCGAGUGGUCGGCUGGCCUGUGCGGCCCCACGAGCAAUGGCGGUGCCCACCCAGACAGACAGACACAGACAGACAGACAUCCGCACUGAAUGACAGACACCACACACAGAGUGGGACGUCUUCUCAUGGCUGCGAGUGUCACUCGUCACCUUAUCGUGGUUAAGGAGAGGCCGGCAGGUGCUCGUUGGGAGGGAUAUGUUCGACUCACAAGUGCAGCCCUCGGCAGCACCAGCACCUGCAGCGGAGGGGCUCUCUCCGAGUCGGGAGGACAGACGGAGUGUGUCAGCUGCAGCGACACAGACAUAGUCGUGUUGAUGUGGGCGGUGUCUGCGGCUGUCAGUGCUGGUGUGGAUGUCGUUACCCUUCACAGACGAUGGGCUCAGAGAAGACACUAAGCUGGCAGGAUGUCGGCCGAUCUGACCAUCGGGCAACGGACCUGACGCCCCACACACAACAGAGGCACACCACCACCACACACACAAGUGGUCGCUCCUUUGUGUGUGUGUGUUUGUGUGUGCGGCCCCGACAGACCUCGUGGCAGACGGACGAGAGGAUCGAUGUGCGGGAGGGACUAUGACAUUGACGGCUGAGCGACUGCAGCAAUGACACACACGUCCACACACAGCCGUCAGGGAGUCAAUCAGAAACAGACACACUGUGUGCGUGUGUGUGUGUGUGUGUGAUUACCUGACGAGCGCUCGGAUGAGCGGUGACGGCAAUGUGAGCAGGGAGAGGACCGAUCAGCUAAGUCACAGUGUGCGGCCGACCCCACAGAAUAAAGACGAAACCCCCAAAGGGCAGACCGACAAGAGAGAGCUGCCACACACACACAGGGGAAGCGGCUGGCAGUGUGUGUGCCUAUGAGGUGCUGGCGGCGCAAAAUGGAAGCGAAGCAGAGGGGGAGGGAGAGAGAGGGGCAGGUCAGUGCGCUGCUCAGCGCGAGCAGCCCAUUCUCUCGGGAUACUCAGACAUAAACCGGGAGCCUCAAAUCGACACACACACACACACACCACGCCACCAGCGCGACGCACACACACAGCCUAAUGCAGCCAAGUCAUCUGCCCGUCUACGAGUGCAGCAAUCAGCUCAGGUGACUGACUGAGUGAGUGGAAUGCACAUUUGAUGGACGACGAAAGUCACUAUGGAUGGAAGUAUUAAGGAACGUACAUGUGUCAACACGAAAGCAUUCAUCAGUGAUCCAUAGCCAUCCUGUAAGCAGGCCGAAUGGACCCAUCAGCCAUCUCGGCGGUGACGCAGGAGAGGGAGGGAGGGAGGGAGGGAGGGAGGAGGGUGGCGGGGACGGUGGCGGGACGGGGUGGGCACAAAAGAUGGCGCUGCGCUGCAUCGCCCGGGCUCACAAAUAUCUUUGCACCAAGUCAGGCACACAAAGUGAGUCAGUCGUCACCGCACGAAUACACAUCCGACCAGAAUGUAGGCAACGUCGUGACGGUGGAAACAGACAUGACGAGAGAAACGGCCAGCCCUUCCAUGAGUUCCCUCCCCUCCGAUAAAUGAACCCAGAUGCGAACGGGUGGUGGUGUUGGCCCGGCUGACUGUCACAUUCCCAUGAUCUUGCAGCAGUGUGGCCACCCACGUGGAGGUGUCGGGAUAUAAGGUCCCGCCCCCACGCAGUGACCGCCACACACUGCUUAUGAGAAGGCCAGCCAGCGAGCCACUGUGCGCAGCGAAACGAAGACGACAGCCAGUUAGGCGGAGCGGGGCCGACAAAAAUAAAAACAAUACAGGCACCGAUCGAUGGACGACAAAAAAACAGAAGCGACACGCGACUGAAAAACACAAGUGGUGUUGGUGGCUGGCCGGCACACCGCCACGUUCACGCGGCGACGACACACACGCGGGGGGUCGGGAUAUCAGGAUAUCAGGUCCCGCCCCCACGUGGUGCCAGCCACACACGCGCCCGUGGGGAGGCCAGACAGUCAGCCACUACAGCGAAACGAACGAAGAAAGAGAGAGGGAGACCGACACUCAUCCACACGCAGCCACGCAGCCAGAAAUGGAAGCAACAACGUUCCCUUUCACAAAGCGACCCAUCCACUCACAAAAAUACAUCCAAUCGCUCAUGACCGAGUGAGUCAUCCACCACACCCGUCACAUUGGGGCGCCCCUGCUGCGCAUUAACGAGGAGGCAUCGUGGCCGGCGGGAGUGUCGCUGAAGGUGAGGCUGUCGCACCGCACGAGGGGCUGUGUGCCAUGACCGCUAUGGGUGGACGCGUUAGUGUGGGUCUGGCUGCCACAUGACCCUUCGCCGCUGUCAUGGUCAUCGCUGCUGCCGGUGCCGUGGUCGGCCUCGGUGCUGCGGUUGUGGUGGCCGUGGUGUAGGUGGGGGUGGUGCGGUAUGUGCACGUGCGUGUGGUGCAUGUGGCGGCCGUCAUGGUGAUCCUGCUCGGACGUCUCGCGGUCUGUGGUGAUCGGGGAGCUCGUCUCGUGGGUGUCCUGGCUGGCCGUCCUGAAGAAUGGAGGCGACGGCGUGUAGGACGACGAGUCAGCAGUAGCAGCCGCACUCAUCAAGGUCUUGCGCUUGCUCUUGCCCCGCCCGCCCUUGCGCUUGUUGUCCACAAGACAGCCCCACCCCUGAGCGGCCCCCUGAGGCACCACCAUCGGCACCAUGCAGGCCAUAUGACGGUCUCCUCCCGGCCCGCCCCCACGACGACAUACGCUGCUGUCGCUGUCGACUUCCCGCUCGUGGUGCGCCGUGACGCUGUAGUGGUCCGUGGGCAGGUCACCGUGUAAGAGGUCAUGAUGAAUCUGGGGCGGCGUUUGCGGCCGGCUAGGAAGCUCUGGAGCUUCAGCUGGCAGACGUGGAAGUCGCACAUCUGCUUGCGCACCUCCUGCUGCUGUUCCUGAGCUGUGGGGGCCUUGGAAGGGCACCGACGAUCUCGGCCGACAUCAUCAGUAGACGCACCGACUGCAGCUGUAUCAAACCUGCACAAGACAACACACACACACACACACACAAUGAAGAGAGCCCACCUCUCCCUCCCUCCCUCCCUCCCUCCCAGACUCACCUUUCUGGACGAGUAGGUAUAAGAUCUGCAGAAGCACCUCAGACGGCACCUCAACUGACAGACAGAAAACAGGCAGACGAAUGGAUCAUGACAGACGUGAGCAGUGCGCAGGUCGCCAUCCAUCCAUCUAUCUCCCCCCACUCACCGAAUGUCAUUCAUUGGCCCGCGAUGGCCGAGUAGGGGAUGAACCAGGUAACACACUGCCCUGCCAGACACCGAAAAGGAUCAAGGAGGGCAUUUGCAGACGGCACACACACAUAAAAACUGGCCACCUAUCCACGUACCGAGGUGGGAUUAGAGGGGCAGGGUGGCUCUGCAAGUGUCUGUGGAACUCGGAGAGGCUGAUGGUCACCAUGCCCUUCUUGCCUUCACCCUGGGGCGCCUCCGCUCAGCCACUGAUGCGGUGGUGUGCUCACCCCGAAUGCGCAUGCCGUCAGCAUCGGCGUCCCUGAAAUCCACACACAUGACAUGGAAGCACCCGUGCGUUUGUCAGCCAUCACUGAUCUCGACUGCCCCUUCCCACUCACUUGCGAAGGAAAGGAAGAUGCCCCCAGGCAGCGAAGAUAUUGCGUCCCCAUCUCUGUCGCCAUGCUCCCCUCAGUCAGCCCCCACAUCCGCUCUGACCCCACAGAGGCCGACCGGGGCGUCUGUGCCGACGCAGACGGCGAGUCGCUGCCUCGA